CAGCUUCCCGAGCACAUCGAGUCAUCGGUUCGCUCAUGCAUUGAUUGGCGAGCUUGUCGCUGGUGUGUGGCGUUUGCCUGGUAGCGCGGCAGAUUUGUCUUUAUCCAGCGAUUUUAUAAAUCGCGAGAUAUGUGCUUUAUAUUGGCUGUACGUUAGAAUUUUACAACGUGAAUGUCGCUUGUUUAUUAGUGAGCAAUGCGUUUGAGGAAUAGAAGUUAUUUUCUGUGUUUCUUUUCCACAAGGCCUUGAAUUGGACUUGAUUGCGUCGUUUCCUCACUUCAGUAUUUGGUCCCAGCUGCUAUUAUGGCCAGUGUUCACGAGAGCAUGUUUUUCAACCCUAUGAUGGCGAAUGGUGUAGUUCAUGCAAACAUUUUUGGAAUCAAAGACUGGGUUACCCCUCACAAGAUCUCAAUCCUGGUUUUGUUGCACGAAAUGGCCACUUGCAAGGGACAAGGGACACCUGAGGUUGAAACGAGGCGUCUACACAUGAACAAAUUGAAUUUACCGUUGUUGCAGGGUCCAGACAUGACAUUAUUUCAAUUGUUGAAGACUAUUGGAGAAUGCUGCCCUAAAUUAGCAAGUGCUGUCAGUACAAGAGUGAAGCUGAUGGCUGAAGGAGAGUUGAAGGACAUGGAAAAUUUCUUUUUUUCCCUCCAGCAUGUUUUCAGUGGUACAGAACCAGCUGUUCAUAAGACAAGUGUCAUAGGUCUGUUCUUGCGGCACAUGAUCCUAGCUUACAACAAACUGUCCUUUAGUCAGGUUUAUAAGCUUUACACAGCUUUACAACAAUAUUACCAAAGCUAUGAAAAGAUGUCAUCAAGAACAACAGAAAUAGAUGAUACAGAUAUGGAAUUAACCUCUUUAGAUCUUGAAGGAAAAAUGGAAAAAGAGGAAUUGGAAUUUCCAUUGAGAGAUGAUGAAGUUAGUGACAGAGGACCUUUAUCUCAGAAACAAGCUGAAUAUUUCCUUGCUCAACAGGCAUCAUUGUUGAAAAAUAAUGAAAAUAAGGCUCUUUCACCAGCGGCUCUCCAGAAAGAAUUGAAUAACCUCCUCAAAUUUAAUCCAGAUUUUUCAGAAGCUCAUUAUUUGAGCUACUUAAAUAGUCUCAGGGUACAGGACUACUUCAGUGCAAUGCAUAGCCUCCUUCACUAUUUUGAUCGGUUAAUUCUUACUGGCAGUGACAGCAAAAGCAGUGGAGAGGAUGGGUUUGGAAGAAGUUUAAGAUAUGCAGCUCUAAAUCUUGCUGCUCUAAACUGUAGGUUUGGCCAUCAUGAGCAGGCCCAAUAUGCUCUGCAGGAAGCUAUUCGCAUUGCUCAAGAAUCCAGUGAUCAUGUUUGCCUACAGCAUUGCCUGAGUUGGCUUUACAUACUGGAACAGAUGAAGGGAUCAGACAAUGCAGUUCUUAUUGAACAUUCGAUGACAAAAGCUGGGCAGCUUGGUUUACCUUACCUGGCUUCUUUGGGCAUCCAAUCGCUAGUUCAACAACGGGCCUUUUCUGGAAGGUCGGCAAACAAGCUAAUGGAUGCUAUGAAAGAUUCUGACAUGUUGCAUUGGAAACAUGGACUUUCAGAGCUUAUUGAUGUAUGCAUAGCACAGAAAACUGCGAUUUGGAAAAUGUAUGGACAAAGCACAAUGGCACUGCAACAAACACAGCUUCUUCUAUACAUGCACAGUUUGGAGUCUGUAAACAUGGAUACCCAUCAAAAUAACACUGAGGCAAUGGCUGUGGUACUUUGCCACUUGGCAGAACUUCAUGCAGAACAGGGCUAUUACUUGGCCGCGUCUGAAAUCCUGAAACACUUAAAAGAUCGAUUUCCUCCCCACAGCCAGCAUGCAAAGCUAUGGAUGCUAUUUGAUCAAAAUAUACAGUUUAAUCGAGCUAUGUGUGAUGGGAAGUACCAUAUAGCUGACUCCCUCGUUCCUGGAAUAGCUGCACUUAAUGGGCCAGAAGGACUUUAUAGGAAAGCACUUGUUUUGAAAGCACAGAAUCAGAUCACAGAAUCUUAUAGAUUUCUGCAAAAAUUAUUAAUCCAUUGUCAAAAAAAGAAGUCGACAGAAAUGUUGAUCAAGGUUCUUAUUUUGGAGGCUGAGCUUUUCUGGCGUUCCUCAUGUCAUGCAGUGGCAGUUCCUUUACUCCUAAAAGCAUUGGCUUUGAGUCGUGAAUAUCAUUUGGAGCCUCUAACAUCAGAAGCCAUCUUGCAUUUGGCAUUUUCACAGCUGAUGCUUGGAAUUCCAGACCAAGCUUUGAAUGUGCUGCAUAUGACUAUUGAACCCAUUCUGGCUAAUGGAACAGUCUUGGACAGAGGACGUGCGAUGCUGCUGUUGGCAAAAUGUCAGGUUGCUUCUGUAGCUUCUUGCUCUAUUCAAGAAAAAGCCGAGGCUUUUGAAUCAACAAUUCAAAAUCUGAAUGAAGCCAAGGGGUAUUUUGAGAAGGCAGAUUCCAAUGAGCGGAUUAGAGAAGUUCUUUAUUUGCAGGCAAGACUGUUCAACACUCUUGGCAAGACGAAAGAAAGGAAUAAAUGUGCUAUGAUGUUCCGUCAGUUGCACCAAGAGUUGCCAACCUAUGGAGUGGCACUUCUUUCAUAGCAAAUAUUACAUUUCAGUUUGGCUUAAUAUGAUUGAACUAUUUUGCUAUGAAAUUUUGAAAUGAAGUUUCAUAAGGUAGAAGAAAACUGUUAACUUAUUACUAAAAAUUUGAAAAAGAUCCUGAGCAAUGAUGGCACUGUGUUGGCCAAUAGGUUGUGCUGUGUCAGCUAAAAUAAAUAGGGGCCUAUCUGGGCUUACUGCAGGGCUUGAAGCAAACAAUACCUGCAAAUUAUAGCAAAUAUUAUAUUUACUUAUUGCUCAACAGUGUGAUUAACUACAACAAACACAUAUUUAAUGCUUUAAAUGAAUCCAGUCACCUAAGCCGUGUAUCUCCAGGUCAGAUUGACUGGAUCAAUUCAAUGAUCUCUAUUCUAUUUUGAGUCCAAUGUUGCUAUGUGAAACCAUUGAAAAUGAAAGGCACAAAAUGUAAUCAAGUGUUAAAAUGUUUAAAUAAAUUGUAUGAUAUGAUUGUAACAACUAUAGAUUAACAGCCUAAUGUGCAAUUGUUGUAAAAGCUUUGGUUCUCAGGAUUUUUUGUAGCAUGAAAUGUUUUUUUAAAGUGUAUAUGAGAAUUGUGAUAGUCCUGAACAUUAGUUGCUUUAUGAUUUGAGUUGUCAGUUUGGUCAUUUUUGUACAGUUCAUUCCACUCCAAUGUCAAUCAUUUAAUUUUAGCAGAGAUAUGUCAAACCUCUUUCACUCCACAAUGCUUUCACUGUUCUCAAAUUCACAAUAAAUUAACUUCAUUGUAAUGAUGUGAUGCAAAAGUAUUGUCAUUUUAACAAUUUUAUUAAAUUUGGUACACAAUGUCAA